AUGGAUGGAGGACUGCAGCCCCAGACCGAGUUUCCUGAAAACUCAUUGGCAACCUGGCCUUGUCGGCGCGACGUACUAAACCCUGAGCAGGUCAAAAAGAAGAAGAAGAACGCUGCGGCAGAAAUUUUCGAUCAGUUGAACGAGGAACGCAUUGUAGGAGGUGUUCCGGUAGACAUUCGUGAUUUUCCGUACCAAGUUUCUUUGCGUCGUGGAAGACACUUUUGCGGUGGAUCUAUUAUUGACGUCGAGUGGAUACUAACUGCUGCCCACUGCACUAGAACCAUCAACGCGCGUAGCCUGUGGGUUCACGUGGGUUCCACGCAUGUAAACGAAGGAGGCCGAUCCGUCAAAGUCCGACGUAUUCUUCAGCAUCCGAAGCAAAAUUCUUGGAGUGAUUAUGAUUUUUCGCUACUCCAUCUGGACCAACCGUUAAACUUCAGUGAAUCCGUGCAACCGAUUCGUUUACGCAGACCGUCGGCAGAUGAAGUCGAUGGAGGUCCAUCGGACGGUACAUUGCGUAAAGUUUCGGGCUGGGGUAACACUCACAAUCCGGAUGAGUCUGCCCUCGUGCUACGGGCUGCCAAUGUUCCCCUGACCAACCAUCAGCGAUGCAGCGAGGUGUACGAGGGUAUUGGUAGCGUCACUGAAAGCAUGAUAUGUGCCGGGUAUGACGAAGGAGGCAAAGAUUCCUGCCAGGGUGAUUCCGGGGGUCCGCUCGUGUGUGACGAUCAAUUGACUGGAGUCGUGUCAUGGGGUAAGGGAUGUGCUGAACCGGGAUUUCCGGGAGUUUACGCAAAAGUUUCGACAGCAUACGAGUGGAUCGAGCAAACGUUGCAGGUGGAACGUGUGUCUACUGAACUACGCCAAGUAGAAGCCUUUUAG